UGGGUCACAGCCCUGAUCUCGCUUUCCCUGAGAUCUGCUGUGAAAGCGGUGCUGACUUUGGUCUGAGAAAGGCGAUCUCCUGUGGAUUUUCCAUUGACCUGUGGUAUGCUUUUAAGAAGAGUAUUGAUGAUGAGGAAGUCCACAUGUUAGUCAUUUUUUACUAAUCCCACCGAAGAAAAUGAAGCCACACUUCAGCUUUGCCGAUCCUUUUCCCACCACUGUUGGCUGAAUGAGAAAUGGUUGUGUGAUUAUGCUGACACCCCAGCAUGCAUUUGGUAGACCUGUGGCUAACUCGUUCCCUCUCCAUGUGUCUGCUCUUACAAAGUUUUGUCCUCAUGAUACUGUGCUUUCAUUCUGCCAGUAUGUGCCCGAAAGGCUGCCUCUGUUCUCACUCCGGAGGUUUAAACGUCAGCUGUAGCAAUGCAAACCUCAAGGAGAUACCCAGAGAUCUUCCUCCAGAAACGGUCUUACUUUAUUUGGACUCCAAUCAGAUAACGUCUAUCCCCAAUGAGAUUUUUAAGGACUUGCACCAACUGAGAGUCCUCAAUUUAUCAAAAAACGGGAUUGAAUUUAUAGAUGAACAUGCCUUUAAGGGGGUGGCAGAAACCUUACAGACUCUGGAUUUGUCUGACAACCGGAUUCAAAGCGUGCACAAAAACGCUUUCAACAACUUAAAGGCCAGAGCCAGAAUUGCCAACAACCCCUGGCACUGUGACUGCACACUGCAGCAGGUGUUGAGGAGCAUGGCCUCCAACCACGAGACAGCCAACAACGUCAUCUGCAAGACCUCUGUGCUGGAUGAACAUGCCGGGAGACCUUUCCUCAAUGCUGCCAACGAUGCUGACCUCUGCAACCUUCCCAAAAAGACUACUGAUUAUGCCAUGCUGGUCACCAUGUUUGGCUGGUUCACCAUGGUGAUCUCGUACGUGGUUUAUUACGUCCGGCAAAAUCAGGAGGAUGCAAGGAGGCACCUUGAGUACUUGAAAUCCCUGCCAAGCAGGCAAAAGAAACCAGAUGAAGCCGAUGACAUUAGCACUGUGGUAUAGUAUUCUGAAUACAAUGACUGUCUUUGCGAUGGAAAUGAGAUUUGGAUGACACUAAAACCAGAGAUUUACUUCUAACAUUCAUUGUAAACAUGAAGACUUUUUUUUUUUUUUUUUUUUUUUUUUUUUUUUCCUCCUGUUUAACUGAAUUACGCCACUGUUGAGCUUUCUAACAGAGUUUUGUCUGGAUGGUAUACAUUAAUUAUUUCUCUGGUAUCCUAAAGCAAGUGAAUUAAUAUGUAAACCUUAGUUUAGACCCAUUCCACUAUUUAAUAAUGAAAUUUAUUUUUUUAAUUUAAAAAACAAAUAAAAGCUUAACUUUGAACCAUGUAAAACAGAGUAAUUUAUUGAUCAGAAACCUGUCUGGUGCCAGAGUAUAUUGAGUUUGAUCAAUGCUCAUGAGGUGGAACUUGAGAGCGAUAAUGAAGUGGGCUGUGAGAAGUCUGAGAGUAGAGAGUCCCCGGAGGGCACUUCUGUCCCCAGGGCACAAGGUGAAGAGCUGGCGAGUGGUGGCCCAUUUGUGGGCUGCUCAUUGUGAUGAGAGAAUACCCUGACUUCAGGAGAAGGGAAUGGAAACUCAGGUAGGAUCCUGGAGAGUGUUUUGGCAGUGUUAGGGAGAAACCAACAUGAAGGACCAACAUUAGAGAACACCGAAGAGAGGUAAGUAGAGAAGUGGGGCUAGUUUUCAUCUUACACCCACUUACUGCCACCCAUGAGCUUCAAGCAGAUGUCCUGAGCACUGGGGAGGGCAGCAGCAUGGCAAGAGCAAACUUAGUCAUAGUGUUCAAAAUAGAUCACCAAUCAUGAUGGGAAGAAAAAGAAAAAAAAAAAAAUAGUCUUUCUAAUCUGUAUAUGGGCUCAUAACUGAAAGUGGUUUCAUUUUUUGGAUGCAACAUAUUUUUAAAAAGGCUGAACAAAGUAAAAUUGAAUAUAUAGGCUGA